AUGAAGAAGAUAUCAAUAGCUGUUUGGGAGAACACCUUCGAAGUGAUCUUGGCGGCAUUAGAAGGCAAAAACUAUCCGAUAAUACUGCUGUUGUUGGAGGCAUUCACUGAAAUGGGUAACAUACUGAGGAGGAAAAAGAAAGAGGUUACGGAAGAGCUUGAGUCGCUGUCUCAGCAGAUGAAGAUUUUUCGAGAUGAUAUAGAAAAAACUGCAGAGGCCAAGCGCAUGAUCCUCUGGUAUCUCACAUUGUCGACAUUCUUCCUUUCGUCAUCUUUUAUCGGAUAUGCAUGUGUUACAAUAAAGCGAAAGGAACAUCAAGUGCUCUUCUCCAUACUGGCCUUCGUUGCUGGCCUUGUGGUAUUGUGGUUGGGAAGAAAAGCGGCGAAUGCGUUCUACAACUGGAGAAUCCAUCGAAAACGGCAGGGACUUGAUGGACUGGUCGCUCGCAAGAGGUCUAUUCUCGAAACGGUGAAGGAAACAGAAACGUUCAAGGUUGCCAAGGAAAUCCUAGACAAGUAUGAUCAGGAAAGUCCGAAAUCAUUGUCACAGCCACCGAGCCCUGCGACUGAAAAACGAAUGGCUGAAACUCGAGGCCAGAGAGCUGAUCAGAUUCAGGCGCAGAUGAAUGCAAGCCCAUUGAAAGAGCCAAAUCGUCCUCCCGAAAGGAAUUCGCGCACAAAAAGCGUCGAAAACAUCCCAGUUUCUGAGAUUGGUCCAAGGCCCCUGCCUCUCCCUCCGCGACCACGGCUCAAACCCAUUCGUCCUUUCCAGAGGGAAGGUACCACCGUUGUUGAUAAAAUGGUCGACUACUUCUUCGGAGAUGGACCCAGCCAAAGGCUUGCUCUGAUUUGCUCGAAUUGCCAUGGUCAUAACGGUAUGGCUCUUCCAGCUGAGUAUGACUAUCUUGCCUUCGUAUGCUUUAUCUGUGGACAUUUCAAUCCUGCCAAAAAAUUCAGGCCAAGUCAUCAUGCAUUAACACCUGCCCCUACUCCUCCCAAAAGCAUGAAAUCUAAUGCUUCUAAUCCCCGAUCAUCGUCAAGCUCUCCAGUACAACCCAGUAACAAUAAGGAAGCUGAAGAAAAGGAUCGCAAGGAGCAUCCACUUGACGAUAUGCAAGAGGAACAAGAACUGCUCAAACCUUUAUCUCACUAGCUUGUAAACAUUUAGCUCUGUUGAAUGUAGCUUGAUGCAAUGUAAUGCUUUUUACCGGUUCCAUCGCUUCCUCUUUAUGAUAUUGACCCUGUAAAUAUGUCUUCGUUGUUUCCGCUUUAGUGUAUGGAAUCGAUGCCUGAUUGAGACACGGGAUUGCCAUGUUUUUUGAUUGACUUUUUUAAAUCAGUACCUGCUUGUAAACAAAGUAAUUUUGAUGAAAUUUCUAUGAUUAAAUUUUAUUCAGUAUUUUUUUGAUUGUAUUUUUGGAGGUGGGGCAGCAA